UGUUGUAAACAUAUGCGCCGACCCCCUCUCUCUCUCUCUCUGAUUUUAAGAAAAAACAGAUCCCCUUGGCAUCCUCUCUUGUCCAGACCUGCAAGUCCACCUCUUUCUCCCUCUACAAACUUUCUCUCUCCUCCCCUCUGUCUGUUAAUCUCUGUUGCCACUGCCACGUGUACACACAUUCAUCCCAUCGACCCAAUCAAUUUUCACAGGUCCAAGUCAGUCCACUGCUUUCUCUCUCUCCUCUCCAUGUGAUCGUCUUCAGCUCUCUCUCUCUAGAACUCAUCACUUCUGAUUUUUCCGUUCAACUCUUCUUUCCCUCGCUAUAUAUAUUGAUAUUGACGUAUUGAUUUGUUGAUUAAUCGAUCGAUAUACAGUCUAUCAUUUUGGUGAUUGUUUUGACGUUUCAACAAGAUCUGCUGAGCAUUGGAGGAGACAAAUUCGAUCUGGAAGGAGAUUUGUUCGAUCACCGUUUUGGUUGCGGUCGGGGCAGCAACAGCGCCAUUGUUAGAUGGCGCUGUUCAGAAGGUUCUUCUAUCGGAAGCCGCCUGAUCGGCUUCUCGAGAUCUCCGAGCGAGUCUACGUGUUUGAUUGUUGCUUUUCCACGGAUGUAUUGGAAGAAGAUGAGUACAAAGUCUACAUGGGUGGUAUUGUAACUCAGCUACAGGACCACUAUCCUGAUGCUUCUUUCAUGGUUUUCAACUUUAGAGAAGGGGAAAGGAGGAGCCAAGCUUCAGACACAUUGUCUCAAUAUGACAUGACAGUCAUGGAAUAUCCUCGGCAAUAUGAAGGGUGUCCUCUGCUACCACUGGAGAUGAUCCACCACUUCCUGCGAUCCAGUGAGAGCUGGUUGUCACUGGAGGGGCAACAAAAUGUGCUGUUGAUGCAUUGUGAAAGGGGAGGAUGGCCUGUGCUCGCCUUCAUGCUUGCAGGCCUUCUGUUAUAUCGAAAACAGUACAAUGGUGAGCAGAAGACUCUUGAAAUGGUAUACAAGCAAGCUCCAAGGGAACUUCUUCAUCUUUUGUCUCCUUUAAACCCACAGCCUUCCCAGCUGAGAUAUCUUCAAUACAUUUCCAGAAGAAGUAAUUUGGGUUCAGAUUGGCCGCCGUCGGAUACACCCCUAGCUUUGGAUUACAUCAUACUUAGAGUACUUCCACUGUUUAAUGGGGGAAAGGGUUGUCGACCAGUAGUUCGUGUUUAUGGUCAGGACCCUUCUUCAACAAUGGCCAACAGAAGUUCUAAGCUUCUUUUUUCGACCUCAAAGACAAAAAAACAUGCUCGCUUCUUCCUACAGGCAGAGUGUGCACUAGUUAAAAUUGAUAUCCAUUGCCGCGUUCAAGGAGAUGUAGUUCUAGAAUGCAUCCAUUUGGAUGAUGAUCUAGGAAGGGAGGAAAUGAUGUUCAGAGUUGUGUUUCACACAGCAUUUGUCAGGUCAAAUGUGUUAAUGUUGAACCGUGAUGAAGUUGAUGUUCUGUGGGACGCGAAGGACCAGUUUCCAAAGGACUUCAAAGCGGAGGUACUCUUUUCUGACGCUGAUGCCAUUCCAUCUAUCCCCACCACAGAAAUAGCAAACGAGGAUGGGAAUGAGACAGAAGCAUCACCUGAGGAGUUUUUUGAAGUCGAGGAGAUCUUCAGCAAUGCAGUAGAUGGACAGGAUAAGAAAGGGGACUUAGAUACUCAAUUAGUUCAACAGAGGACACAGGAUGACGAGAAUCACAAUGUAGUUUGGAAGGAGGAUUUGGAACCUCACACAUUUCAAGACUGUGCAUCAGAUGAUGGGAAUCACAAACAGGUCGGGAAGAUGGAUUCUGAUAUUCAUGCUGUGAAAUCCAUUGCUUUAGAUGAUAGGGGCAAUGAGUUAGACUCUACGACAGUCACUGCAGAUAUCUGUAGCAAGUCAGAAGAAAUAGAGGAUAGACAAGAUAGAGAAGAUAUCGCAAUGCAGAAGAUCUUAAAAAAGCAAGGAACACAACAGAAGUUGAGUGCUGAUCUUUGUAGACAAAAAUCUGAAAAAUCUCUCCCGCCUACACCAAAGAAACUGCCAAAUUCAAACACAAAACCGGUUGCUGAUUCAGUUGCUGCAAAACAAAAGGUUAAACAGCAAGAACCUCAGGGUACUGGUGCAAGACAGGCGAAGCCAAAUGCAGUAUUACGGUGGAUCCCUACUAACAAAGGCUCUCAUACUAAUUCAAUGCAUGUUUCAUAUCCACCGUCAAGAUAUAACAGUGCACCAGCUGCACUAGCUGCACUAGCCCUUGCGAAGGAUUCUCAUGUGGGUGGAAAAUCAAAGGCUCCUGCUGCUGCAAUUCCAACUCAUGAUAUCACUAAACCUAUCGGUCAUGAAAUGGAUCCUAUGAAGAGUGCAGAAGGGUCACCAGUGAAAAACACUUCUUCUGUGCCAUCUCUAGAUGAACCAUUACUUAAAGUGCUGUGCCCUCCUUCUUCGACUUCACGACCACCAAAUCCUGGCCCUCAUCAAGUUGUUCCUCCUCAAUCUUCCAGUGAGACUUCAAAUGAUUUUUCCUUACAAAUUCCCAUGACAAUUCUACAUGCUGAAGAAACUCAGACCUCCCCACCACCACCCCCGCCUCCACCCCCUCCUCCUCCUCCUCUACCUCCCUUUUCUAGCUCUUUGUUGUAUACUUCUUCUUCCAUGCCUUCUUCCCCACCUGCCUCCAUUAUGCAGGUGAAAAGGACAGGUUUGUCCCCUUCACCUCCACCCCCGCCUCCGCCUCCCCCUCCCCCUCCCCCUCCUCCCCCUUCACCAUUCACACGCAGUGCAGUUCUUGGAACUCCUUUCGCAUCACCUCUGCCUCCACCUCCCCCUCCCCCUCCUCUAGCUGCAAGCUCCUGGGUAACUCUUCAAGGAAUCCCUCCCCCACCUCCACCUCCUCCCCCUCCUUCUCAGCCUGCGUUUGCAUCUGCUACCUCAAUGCCUGUUGGAUCUGGAGUUUCUACUCCCCCUCCCCCUCCACCUCCUCCUCCUCCUCCUCCUCCUCCUCCGCCUCCUCCUCUGCAUAGCGCUUCACCACCACCUGUUUGGAAGGUUGGAGCUUCUGCAAUUGCUCCCGUAACAAUCUCAGUUACUCCACCUCCACCACCACCCCCUCCCCCUGUGUAUGCAUAUGCUACAUCAAAGUCUGCUGGACUUGGAGUUUCUACUCCACCGCCUCCGCCACCACCACCUCCUCCUUCGUAUGGCACUCCACCCCCACCCCCACCUCCUCCUCCACGUGGUGCUCCUCCACCACCACCUCCUCCUCCUCCUCCUCCUUUGCAUGGCAUGCCACCACCACCACCCCCGCCUCCUCCUCCACGUGGUGCUCCACCACCCCCACCUCCUUCUUUACAUGGCACACCAACUCCACCCCCACCUCCUCCACGUGGUGCUCCACCACCACCACCACCACCUCCUUUUUCUGGUUCCUUGCCUCCUCCACCUCCUCCAUUACGCCGAACCCCAUCUCCUCCACCUCCUCCGAUACAUGGAGUCCCAACUCCACCGCCACCUCCGCUGCAUGGAGGGCCCCCUCCCCCACCUCCAAUUCGUGGAGUACCCCCACCUCCUUCAAUGCAUGGAGCCCCACCUCCUCCACCACCUCCAACAAAAGGGGGUCCACCUCCACCACCUCCUCCCGGAGCUCGUGCACCUGGUCCUCCACCACCACCUGGAGCACCUAGACCUCCAGGUGGUGCACCUCCACCACCUCCUCUCUUUGGUGCCAAAGGAGCAGCAUCUGCAGGAAGAGGGCGCGGGCUUCCACGUCCUGCAGGGAUGUCACCUGCUUUAGUGCCUCGAAGAUCUACCUUAAAGCCACUGCACUGGAGCAAGGUAACCAGGGUAUUGCAAGGAAGCUUGUGGGAAGAAUUGCAAAGAUUUGGAGAACCUCAAAGUGUGCCAGAAUUUGAUGUGUCAGAACUUGAGAGUCUUUUCUCUGCAACAGUCCCAAAGUCUGAUAGCUCAGGUGGUAAAUCUGGAGGGAGGCGGAAGUCUGUUGGAUCCAAAACUGACCGAGUCCAUCUGAUUGACCUGAGGAGGGCCAAUAACACUGAAAUUAUGCUCACAAAAGUGAAGAUGCCUCUUCCAGACAUGAUGGCCGCAGCACUAGCCAUGGACGAUUCAAUUUUAGAUGCUGAUCAAGUAGACAAUCUUAUAAAAUUUUGUCCUACAAAAGAAGAGAUGGAACUUCUUAAGAAUUACACUGGUGACAAGGAGAGCCUUGGGAAGUGUGAACAGUUCUUUCUGGAGCUGAUGAAGGUGCCGAGAGUGGAGUCCAAAUUAAGAGUUUUUUCUUUCAAGAUUCAGUUCAAUUCUCAGAUUUCAGAUUUCAAAAGGAGUUUAAACACUGUAAACUCUGCAUGUGAAGAGGUCCGGAAUUCACUCAAAUUGAAGGAAAUCAUGAAGAAUAUUUUAUAUCUGGGGAAUACAUUAAAUCAAGGAACUGCAAGGGGUUCUGCAAUUGGAUUCAAGUUGGACAGUCUUUUAAAGCUCAUUGAUACACGUGCCUCCAACAGCAAGAUGACACUCAUGCAUUAUCUUUGCAAGGUCCUUGCCUCUAAGUCACCAGCUCUUUUAGACUUCCAUGCAGAUCUUGUUAGCCUGGAAGCUGCAUCAAAGAUACAAUUGAAGUCUUUAGCAGAAGAAAUGCAAGCUAUUAUCAAGCAAUUGGAAAAGGUAAAUCAGGAGAUGGCUGCAUCAGAAAAUGACGGCCCUGUAUCUGAAAUUUUUCGUAAGACUUUAAAGGAAUUCAUUAAUGUUGCUGAGACAGAGGUGGCCUCCGUAACAAAUUUGUACUCUGUGGUGGGUAGAAAUGCAGAUGCACUAGCCCUAUAUUUUGGUGAAGAUCCUGCCCGUUGCCCAUUUGAACAAGUUACUGUGACCCUAUUGAACUUUGUGAGAUUGUUCCGGAAAGCACAUGAAGAGAACUGCAAACAGGCUGAAUUGGAGAAGAAGAAAGCUCAGAAGGAGAUUGAAAUGGAGAAGGCAAAGGGUAAUAAUCUAACAAAGAAGAGUGCGAGAUAGCUAAAAUUCCCUUUGCUUUAUCUACUGCAUGGGUUCGGUUCUUCCAUAUCAGAGGUCUACCUCAGUGUUGGCUACAAUAUGUUGUACAAGGACACUACUUCGACAAUGAAGCCAGAAGCGCCGCUUAAUCCAGCAUUGUUGCAAUGGUAUGCUUUUAAAAGGGAUUCAAAGAUGAAACGAAAAGAGGCUACUUCUCAUGGCUUGCAGACAUUAAACUAUCUUUGAACUGCUCAGUUGCGUGUGCAAGCUCAAUGCCAUCGAAUCAGUCGGAUGAUUGCAGCCAACUGAUCUCUCACAUGACAUAUUUGGACCGAUUUUCACAUUGGGCUUUUAUUAUUUCUAUCUGAGUAAUGGAUUUUUCUCCAUAUGAUCCAUGGAAGGAACGGAUUGGUCCUUUUCUCAUCUCAUUUAUAGAAGAAAGUUUUGCUAACCUCAGGGCAGUUCUUCAAUAUUGGAGGUUCAGUUUCUGCCUUUCACCAUUCAUUUGGGAUUUCAGCACCAGAGUCAAUGCCCUGGGGACUGUAAAAAAGGCACAAGCUCGGAAUGUUCGAUGAAUUGUGUACAAAGCUCUAACCCUGUACUAAUAUUGAAAUUUGAUUCUUUUGUUUGUAACAUAGAAGAUGGUUCCUGUUUUUUUCUCUCCUUUUUUUAUGAGAUUUUGACAGGAACCUGUCAUUCAAUAUGUUGUAUAGAAAAUCGGAACAAAAAGAGGGUAGGAGACAGGCUAUCUUAGCGCAAUUGUAAUAUAAACCAAAAAUAUAGGCUAGGCUUUGGGUGUAGAAACUGAUUUGCUUCUUUCAUUUGAUUCUUCUUUAGUAAAUUCUUUCAAGUUCAUUUAAUGGCAAAGGUUCUCCGUUUCUCUUGUA